GCGCCGUUCGGUUGGGUUUCUUCCCGUGUGUUUUCCGUCUCUUCAGCCGCGUUGUUUGGUGGGCUUUCCGCGAAGUAGAUCAAAGUAGCCGUGUAAACGUGAACAAACGUGCUAGCGUUUGCAGAAUUUCGACAGAAUCGAAGUUGUGGGGGUUUUGCGUGUGUGUGUCUGAAGCUGAAUUCAGGGCAAAUCUGUAGAACCUGGACAGAGCACCCCGACCAGAAGGGAAACGGUUGCGCCCUAGGUGAUGUCGGGCGGGCAGGAGAACAUGCAUCUCGAAAACGUUUGUCGCCUCUGCCUGACGGAUGCCUCCGAGGCCGGAGACAUGUUGCCGAUCUUUCCAGUGCGCGGAGGAAACCCAAACAGCCCAACGUCCGUGGUCAAUCGAAUUCUGCAGUGUACAUCACUACGGCUUGAACAAACGGAAGGCGUACCGGCCACCAUAUGCGAGCUGUGCAGCGUCCGGCUAGAGGACUGGCAUGCCUUCCGCGAGCAGUGCAUCGGGUCGGACGAGUAUCUGCGCGUGACGCUGCGCCACGCCUUCUACCCGGACGAGGGCCAGCAAACGUCAUCGCCUCCGCCGGCAAACAGCACCGGCUCCUCCACCACUGUCACCAUGCCACCGUCGGUCGCCAGCAAUCUCAACAAAACUGCCCCCUCCAUCCUGGACAGUGCGGCGUCAGCGCUGGAAACGGCCCCGGUACGCCGAGUGACUUCGAAAACGCCACCACCGACACUAUCCUCCGCCUCCUCCUCGUCGCGAUUGUCACUGGCAAAGCGACGGCAGAGCACCUUCGAGUGGCCGGUAAGCGAUGGCAAGGGAAACUCGACCGGCCAGAAGAUAACGGUCGAGGUGCUUGGCGUGUGCGGUGAACAGCGGCAACCACAGCAACCGUCUCACAUUCCAACGAUCGCUGAACUGCUUGGUGGUGGCAGUGGCAGUGGUGGUCAGGAGCAACCGUACCAGGACACGAACGGUGUCGGCUCACUGUCAUCCUCCACGGACAAUCUGCUGCUCGAGCAGGCCAGCUGGUCGAAGGAGUACUGUGCGCGCAUCAACAACCUAAUCAUGGUGGUAAAUGGUGCAAAGCCGUUCAAGUGCAAAAUCUGUCGCCGUAUGUUCAACAAUCGGAACAACAUGCGCCGCCACAUCAAGUCCUUGCACGCGGACGAGGUGUUAGAGGGCGAAAGCCCACCGCCGGAAGCGUACGGGUUUGAUCGGAUGGGCGGGCGUGUGAGUUUAGAGCAACCGAUUGCUGCUGCUGCUACCUCCGGGACGGACAUGGCACGACCGCCGGCAAAGAAGAAGCGCAAAAGCACCGAUCCACCGAUCGUGGGCCCGUACCAGUGUGAGGUUUGCCCGCGCAGCUUCAAAAUGCCGGCCCAUCUGGCGGUGCACCGGAAGUCGCACCGCCAGAUCGAGUACGACCAGUCCGAGCUGAUGCGUGCGAUCGAGCAGCAGAAGCAGCAGCAGCAGCACCAUCCGGUGCGAGAGCGAUCCUCGUCGGCCGUUUCCUCGGAGGUGGUGGAGCGUUCGCGCAACACGACCAGCAGCAGCGUGGAGGCCGGCGAUAUUAUACAGCUGUCCGAUGACGAUGAGGUGGAGAUUGCGGACAGCAAGCAGAUAAUUGCAGCAGCACCGUACAGCGCAAACGACGAGCUGGACGACGGGUUUGACGAGGAGGAGGGCAGUCUGAAGGGGGGCAGCAGCUCGCUGGAAUCGGAACUGCGACCGGAUCCGUCCGCGCUGGCGAUCGUUGAGAUCGGGGCGGAGGACAAUGAGAGUGAAAAGGCGCAAGUAAACGAUGACGAUGAGGACGUUGUGGUUGUGCCGGAGGAGGAGGAGGACGACGUUGUGGUGGAGAAAGCGGUCGUGGCCACCACCACACCCAGUCCCACACCGAGCAGCAAGAGCAAGAGCAGCCAAAAGAAGGAAACGUCCGCCCCGAAGCGUAGCUCCAUUCCGCCCGGCCCGCUCUCGUCCAAGCUGAAGUACGCCGCCCAACCAACAGCUUCCUCUUCCCAACCAAAACCGAGCUCCACCUCGAGCUCCUCCACCUCGUCUUCAGUCCACCGGUGCCAUCUGUGCCGGCACACCUUCCCCCGGGAGGAUCUUCUACGGGAGCAUCAGAAAUCGCACCAGAACGACACACCGAGCGCUUAUCGGUGCGGCUGGUGCAAGAAAGGGUUCCGCUAUCAGCAGAACUACACGCUGCACCUGCAGAAGCAAACCUGCCGGCUGAUGAACGCGGACCAGACGGGUGCAACGCGCGCUGGUGGCUUGCCACAACCGCAGCAACAGCCAGCGGGACGAUGUACUUAGACUUAGAAAGGCAAAACAAAAAGGGUGCGAUGUGGUGGGUGUGCCAUAUAAACUUAGCUAGGAGUUAGAGAGAAGAUAGCCAUGGUGCUAGACACUUUGUUUUAGUAUUUAUCUUCCAACACACAGAAAUACUCAAGAAAUGAUGAAAAGUAUCGAGAAUUAAUGUUUUUUUAAGGCUAGUUUUUAAAAAGAAUUUGAUUUAUGAGCUUUGACUGAGGUUUGAAUAACGAGAAUUCAGAAUAAAAUUAGGAAAUACCUCCUUUUUUUAAACCGAGAAUUAGAGUUAUGGCAAAACACGUUACUCUGCAUAUGGGUUUUGAGAGUUAAAAUGUAAAGAUUACUGUUUUGUUUUUAAAUAUUUUGAUAUCGAUACUACUCAACUCACCACCACCACCACCAAAAAAUGGUUCCUUUUGGUGCGCUAUACAAGAAAGCGCACUACUCGCCUGUGUAUAGAACAAUGUAGAAAAGGCGUAAUACUGAUAAGGUAACACAAGUAUUGAAGCGCCGUUUAAGAUGUAAUUUAGUCCUUCUCGCUUAAGCGUUGUUGCGAAUUAGAAGUAUGUAAACAAAUAUAACCCUACGCAGUGAAAGCAAAUACACUACUGCGUUCAAUCA